AUGGGGGUGUGGGGUGUGCUGGAGACCUGGCAGCCUGGCAGAGAGAGGAGGAUGCGGAGGCCUGGGGACUUUUUGAACUGGGGAAGUGGGCUAAGUCUCCUGCCAUUUAAUUCUAUUCGAACAGGAAGCGGGCAACAGUCAGUGACAGGAGUUGAAGCUUCAGAUGAUGCUAACAGUUACUGGCGGAUUCGUGGGAAGAGUGAUGGCAGUUGCCAGCGCGGGACACCAGUGAAAUGUGGGCAAGCUAUACGACUUACGCACGUUAACACAGGAAAAAAUUUACACACUCAUCACUUCCCAUCACCACUCUCCAAUAACCAAGAAGUAAGUGCCUUUGGUGAUGAUGGUGAAGGAGAUGACCUCGAUAUAUGGAUUGUGCAAUGCAGUGGGACUUACUGGGAGCGGGAGGAUGCAGUGCGCUUCAAGCACGUAGGAACUGAGGUGUUCCUUUCAAUAACAGGGGAACAGUAUGGCCAUCCCAUUAGAGGCCAGCGGGAAGUUCAUGGCAUGCCUACUGCUAAUCAUCACAACUAUUGGAAAGCAAUGGAAGGAGUCUUCAUCAAACCCAGUAUGGACCCUGCAAAACAUGAUGAGCUCUGAAUUGACAGAGGAUCCAAAAUGCUUCAGCUUACUCCAGUGUUCGGAGAUGCUAAUCCUUGGUCUCUUAUAAGUCCCGCCUUGCCUAAGUGACUGAAUUUCUGUAUUACUGAAGGGCAUUAGUUCAUUCUAGGAAUGCAGCACUUCUGUGAGGAAUGGCAUCUGCCAGGUUCAGCCAUUGAAAUUUAUUUGGUGAAAUCCUUUCUGAAUUUUUGAGUUUAAUUAAUGAAACUAGUUCUUACAUCUGUUAGUUUUCUUUGUCAUUUGUUUUGCUUGUUACUUUUUCUCGAAUUCGAAGGAAAUGGAGAAACUCAAGUAAUAAAUUUCUGUAGUCCCAAGAACAAUAAAACAUUGUAUUUUGUAAUCUUUUUCCAAUUAUAAUUAAAUAUUUGGAAAC